GUUGUAUAAGAAUAAGGCAGGGCUGCAAAAUCAAGCCCAACUAUGGCGGCAGUUGAGCAGCAGCUCAGGCAGUGGUUCUGGAACAGCAACUACCACAUCAACAACCUAUCACACAGCUACACAAACAGAAACUCUUUCAGACUACCAGAGCAAACAUACCCAGCCUGUUUUUGAGUCAAAGCUACCUGAUAUUGCUAAAAUUCCUCUAUCUGAACCUGUACCAUGGAUACCUCCUCCUAAAUACUCUACAGCUUCUGAAUCUAAUACUGCCACUAGAGUCACAACACUUGAUAAUGGAAUACGAGUGGCAUCUGAGCCAAAGUUUGGCAGUUUCUGUACAGUGGGAGUGGUACUGGACAGUGGCAGUCGAUAUGAAGUUGCAUACCCAAGUGGUAUCUCUCAUUUCUUGGAGAAGCUUGCAUUUGGUGAUACUCUCAACAUGAAGAGAGAGCAGAUCAUGAAUACCGUGGAGAAGCUUGGUGGCAUUGUUGACUGUCAAACGCUCAGAGAUGCUGUGAUAUAUGCUGCAUCAGUGGAGAGCAAAGGCCUGGAGCGCAUUGUGGAGCUGCUCUCGGAGGUUGUGUGGAGGCCUCUCAUUACGCAGCCGGAGUUUGAAAUGGCACAAGUAGCUGUGUCUUUUGAUCUGGAGAACCUGGCCUUGCGGCCUGAGAAAGAUGCACUGCUCAUGGAGAUGAUUCAUAAGGCACCAGCGGGCAGAAUGAAGUUCGCCAACAAUGGUGCAACAAGGUGGCCGAAUCUCGACUGGAUGGAGGCUUUCAUGGUGCGGUCUCCUAGGGUACCAGAAGCAAUAUGGAAUGAGGUGUGGGAGGACUGGAGCGCUCUGGGGAAGAACAAGCCAGGUCCAGCACAGCCACCGGACCAGGUUGUGGUGUGGGUCCGAGGCUGCGAUCAUGCUUUGGAGGAGAGAGUGGUCGACACAAUUGAAAGCUUUCCACGGGUCGACCGCAGCUGCCACUGUGCGGGCUGGAGGCCGCCGUCAAUUGAAACCCGUCGCAAGCUGGUGCGCGAGCGGAGUGGGUCAUGUGCGGCGGAAGAAGCUGACCUGUCGAAGGUGUCCCUGGGCGUGAACCCCCUGCCCGAGCUGUGCCACCUGGUCGUGGGUCUGGAGUCCGUGCAUCAUCAGCAUUCUGACUUCGUCACCAUCUGCGUCCUGAACGUCCUUAUGGGGGGCGGGGGUUCCUUCAGUGCUGGGGGUCCUGGCAAGGGCAUGUACACCAGACUCUACACCAACGUCCUGAACAAACACCACUGGAUCCACAACGCGGUGGCCGUGAACCACGCCUACAGCGACUGCGGGCUCUUCUGCAUCCUGGCGUCAGCGCAUCCCUCACACCUACACGAUCUCACCGGGGUGCUUACUAGGGAGCUCGUCGCCAUGAGCAACGCUGUCACCACGGAUGAGCUGCAGCGCGCCAAGACUCAGCUGCAGAGUAUGGUGCUAAUGAACCUCGAGUCUCGUCCUGUCAUCUUCGAGGACAUGGCACGUCAGGUGCUGGCCACGGGCAACCGCAAGCAACCUACAUACUUCAGCGAACUCAUUAGCAAGGUAACCCUGGACGACGUACACCGCGUCGCAGGCCAGAUGCUCACCUCUAAGCCCUCCAUCGCCGCCUACGGCAGCCUCGACAAGCUCCCGUCGCGGCAAGACAUCGAGGCCGCGCUCGCUGACAAGGCUGGACGCCUCAAGUCUCCCAGAUCUGGUUAUUCCCUCUUCCGAUGAACAUAUUAGUUUUGUUUAUGCUAUUGUAUACAACCUCUACAGUGUCAGUUUACUAGGUACUUAUUUCGUCAUAACUAUCUCGGCUUGCACAUAAUGUUAAUCAAGAGUCGCUGUACGAUCGAGUUUCCUCUGUAAAAAUUGUAUCAGUUUGAACAUAUUUUGCACGUCAAUUGACUGAAUCGUAUCUCUUUAUUUCUUGGUUGUGUCGCAUUUUUGCUCGAGAUAUUCUGGAAGAUUCCUGAAUUUUCCCAGUUAUGGCCCCUAAAUUUGGAAAAAAUUCAACCUUUGUAGUACAAAUCGGGAAAAGUU